AUUUAUGCAGAGGGCAUUGUGGCUAUGGAGAGGAGGAGGAGGACGCCGAUCAGCGGCGCUGUGGCGGUGAUUCUGGUGGCUUCGAUCAUCCUGUCAAACUGUGCGGCUGUGAAUGCACAGAGAUACACCUGCUGGGGAGGAUGCUACAAUAACUGCUUUCUGAGGAGCAACAAAACCCGACCGGAGAUGUUAUCUUGCUAUUACCAGUGCCUCAACAAAUGCGUCCCCCGCUCGCCUGCAGAUUACCAGUACUACUGCCGGAUUGGAUGCUCGCUCGAGCUCUGCGCUCCGGCAGCCAAUGGUAUGGUGCAAGACUGGAGAGAUGCUUUGGCAGUUGCAACAACCUCUGCAAGUCUUGAAAGAAUGAAUACACAGCCAACAGUUGCUGUUAAUUGCAAAUUCAGGGUAUGUAUAUCUCUAUAUGUUUAUGUAUUUCUUUCUUGCAUUCUCUUUUGUGCUCUAUAACGACAAGAGUUUUUUUAACAUCAACAAAAAGCUAAAAGCUUCUUUAUGCCACAUACCAUACAAUUGAUAAAACUCUGCACCCUCUAAGUGUUGCUACUAAACCACAAAGAUGACCAAGAUUGACCUCUCCCAACUCUCCUCAUCCUCACCAGCAAAUACACAACCAUCCCACAUAGAAACCCGAGCGCCGCGCUCGAUCCCACGAGCGAAACCGCAGCGCAGAUCAACAUCACAAAUGAUUCCUCCUUCGAAUUCAUAUCCCGGGAACACAUCGCCAACUCAAUCCCGGCGAACAGCAGCAGAACUCCUAAAACCCCAACCGGAAACUGAUCCAAUAUCCUCACCAAAGAGCUCCCUAACACCAACCCCAACACUAACUUCGCCACCCCGAGCAUCGCCACACACCCUCCCGUCCUCCCCCCAAACUUGUACUGCCCUGCCAGCCCGCCCGCCCCGUGGCAGCUCGGCAUUGCCCCGAACCAACACCCUAUGAGGUUCAUCAGCCCCACGGUGAUCGAAACCGAUGUUGCCGACACAUCCUUGUCGGGAAAAAGAUCGGUCGACAGCUUACAAACUGCUAUAACAGAGUUCAAAAUUGACAGGGGAAGCUGAGGGAUUGUCCCCUUGAUAAACCCCUCCUUCCAUGAAUCCUUCGAAAUCUUUACUACCGAUAUCGGCGACGGCCCGAUUCGGAACCCCUUAACGGCCCCCGGCCCCCUUACAAAAGCCAAUACCACACCUAACAAGAACACAAUGAACGCCGAUGGAAGCGAUGCAAUCGCAGCCCUCCAUCUCCCCCACUUAUCCGCCUCAUCCGUCCGAUCCCCGCCGUCCAUUUCACAGUCAAUCUCACCCCCACCCUCUCCGGCGGGGCUUUCGACGCCGGCGCCGGCGCCGUUCACAAUCAUAAUAAAACCGGCGCAAACCAGGGCCAGAAUCAGGCCAUCCAAUCCCAGCCAUGGCCGCUCUCCGGCGGCCUUGGACUUGCCGAAGCUCUGCAGUUCUCUAAUAUACUUAACGGCGGUCAUGGCGAAGGACAGCCCCUGCGCCAGCUGGAUCCCCCGGACGACGGCGAUCGGAAUCAGCCGGUAGGCUAGGCGCAUCAACCCCGUCGCGCCGAGGACGAAGAGUAUCCCGCCGGUGCAGAUCCCGGCGGCCAUGACCUCCGGGACCUCGAAGGCCGGGUUCGAAAUGGCGACGGCGGCGAUCGACUUCAUCGGCUGGACCGGCAUCGGGACGCCGUAGAUUGCUCCGGUGACGAAAUUGUAGACGCCGGUGAAUAUGAGGGUGGUCCCGAGGUCCAGGUUCUUUGCUAGGGUUAUGGCGAGGACGAUCGGAAUGUAGGUCCCGAGAUCCCCCAUGGCGCCGUUUAGCUCCCCCCAUUUGGACCCGAGCGCCAGAUUCUGCUUCGCUUUCUGCACCGCCGCCAACGGGCUGCUCCGGCUACGACUCGCCGGCGGCGGCGGCGCGGUUUCUUCCAUUUUUGUGGUUGAAGGAAUUUGAUUGAGGAGAGAGAGGAGUGAUGAUAAUGAAUUUAUAGAAGUGAAAAGAGUGAGAAAUAGAAUAUGGCUCUGGGAUUGGCGAAGGGACGGCGACGGAAUUUGAAGAGGCGGUCGCCGGUAAAUGUAAGGAGAUUCUCCAUCAUAUUAGAGGUAGAAAUUAAUUUCAAUAUAUAUGCUGAUUCCAUUUGCAAAUCAUCCCAUCUGAAACUAUACAUGGUAGGUAUGUUAUUGCGUGUAUCUAUCACAACGUGUUUGUUUGUGAGAGUAUUAGAAUUACGCUUUUUAUGGUCA